CACUUGUCUAAACUUCUCUAAAUAUGGGGAGAUGCUCCAUAGUUGGCUUUGUGCUGCUUUCCUUGUUUGAAAUUGUUCAAUUAGGUUUGAGUGAGAAAUGCAUUGAAUUAGAGAAGCAAGCUCUUCUCAAAUUCAAAGCAUCCUUUCUUCACGAUCCAAAUGAGGAGAUCUUUUUCUCUUGGAAUCCCAAAACCAAUUGUUGUCAAUGGGAUGGCAUAGCUUGUCACAAUGUUACUGGUCAUAUUCUCAAACUUGAUCUCUCUUACCAUGACUUAAAAGCUACUGGUGUUGAUCCAUCUUUGUUGGAGUUGCAACAUUUGAUUUAUUUGGACUUAGGUGGGAACAAUUUCAAUGCUAUCCCAAUUCCUGUCUUUUUUGGCUCUAUAGAGAGGUUGAGAUGUCUAUCUCUUCAGGGUGCUAAUUGCUCAGGGAAGAUUCCAAUCAAUCUUGGAAACCUCACCCACUUGCAGUUUCUUGAUCUGAGUUGGAAUGAUUUUCGCAUCCAUGACAUGAAUUGGGUCUCUAAACUUCAAUCUUUGCAACAUCUCAACUUGAGUGGAGUCUACCUUGGUGAAGCUUACAACUUGUUCCAGGGCCGAUUCCAACAGAAAAUCAAUUCUUGACUUUGAAUGAUCCAUCCAUUUAUGUUGGAAACCCUUAUCUCUGUGGAACCCCAGUACAAAAGUGUCAAGGCAAUGAUACUCAUCAAGUUCUUGGAACCAAAGAAUGGGAAGAUGGACAUGAUUCUGAAAAAGUGUGGUUUUACUUUGUCAUAACAAUUGGGUUUGCCAUUGGCUUUUGGGGAAUCAUUGGGACUUUAAUGUUGAAAAAGAGUUGGAGAUAUGCUUGUUUCAGGCGAGUGGAAGACGUAGCAGAUGAAAUAUAUGUGCACACUAUAUUAAAGAUAGCAAAGAUGAAGAGGAUCCUCAGAAACCUUGUCCAUAGCCCAUCUGAAUAGCACUAGACGCCUAUUGUGUCUCUUGUUAUUAGUCUUUGAAACUGUCUCUCUCUGUGCAUGAAAACUAUGACAAUUUGUAAUUAAGGGUUUUGAUUAGUAUGUAUUAUUCCAUGUGACG